AUGAUCGUUUAUACGAUCUUCACUGCGAUAGUUUUUUCGAAAUUAAGUUUAGCUGGACGAUUACCUUUUCCUUACGCUGUGGGAGUCGGAAAUUUGAAUGGAUCAACAGCAGAGGCAUUGCCCAGUGCCGAACAGCUCGUUGCUAAUGCUUUUGUCGAAGAAGUUUUAGGUGAUGUAAGAGAAAUACAACCUUUGGAAAAGCUAGAUCCACUGAAGGCUACGUUACCAUUAGAUGGAAAAGAUGAUAUCGACGAAGCUGAUACUAAUCAAGACGACCAAAAAUCCGAACAAACUACAGCUGAAGCCGAUGGGAACGACCACGAUAAGAUAAGCCAAGUUCAAAAACAAUACAAGGGCAAAAAAGGGCACAAAUCAGCAAAGUUUGGAGAGAAAAAGGGCCAUAAGAAGGGACAUAAAACCAAAGGAUACAACAAUAGAUUCCAUAAAGAUGAGUAUGUCAAAGAACACAAAUUAUACGGGGAUGCCUACAGGGAUAAUCACAAGAAUCGUUAUGUGGACUCACAGAGUAGGCAUGCGAAUAAGGAUAGGGGAUAUGGCAGAAGUGAUAAACAUAGUCACAGUCAUAGUGCUAACAGGUUCGGGAAGAAGGGGGUUGAUGAUGUAGGAAAAUAUGAUGAUCAUCAUGAAGACUUUGAUAACGAUUCAAAACACGAACAGAUUAAUAGACAUAAAACUAAAAGAAUCAAAAUCAAGCAUGAGAAUCCCUAUCCAAAUCAUAGGCCAUAUUAAAAGUAACCAAAUUAAUAUCAAUAAAUUUUUUUUUAUA